UUGGUUGGUAUGAUUUUUCUGAAAGUAUUUUGCAAAUGCUAAACAGACCGUUUUGUUUUCUUACUGUGUUAUAUCUAACAUAAAAACAUAAAUAAGUAGUGCAGAGUAAUAUAAGUUACUGUAAUGGCCAAAGUAGACCAACCACUAUUCAUCCUACCAAAGAAAAGAAAUGGAAAAAAGGCGAACCCUGUAGCUGGUCAUGUUGAUCAUAUUAUAACUGUUCAGGGCGCUGCAGAUGGAGAGUUGCCUGCUAAAUCUAAAAAUGGGCUCUCACCAGUCUCUGAACACGCCAAUGGAACAAUUCAUUCCACCAUGGAAGGACUAAAAUCAAAUAUGAAAAUAAAUUUGCCUAUCAUUAAUGACGUCAAUGAUGAAGACAUUCCAGAUGAGAAAGAGAAGUCCAGCACACAAAAAAAUGGCUACCAGCCUCUAAUGAAUAUCCACGGUAGUCGGGAGAUCAUCGAUUUGUCUCCGAUUUAUGAAAAUUCAUCUGAUGCCUGUUCCAGUAUUGGUGACUUAAAAGAAGUCCAAGACAUGGAAAUACAAAAGAGUGGACGCCUGCUCAAUUCAGACAAUAAUGAAAGUUCAUGUGCUACACCUAAUAGCCUAUCUCAGACUCAAUCAGAGAACAGCUUCGAAAUGGGUACGCUCACAGACAGCCUCAAAAACAGCGCAAAAAGGAAGAAGCGUGUAAACAUUGUGUCCGGUAUUACAGAAAGUGAAGCAACAGAUAAUGAAAUAAGUGCUUUACGUAUAGAAUCUGAGGAGUCUCUGUCUACUGCAUGUUCAUUCUCAGAAAGCAAUGGCUACUUGACCAUGACAGGCACAAUAAAGAGGGGCAAAAAGAAAGGGCAAAAUGUGGAUGUGAAACUUAACAUAUCAAGAGAAGAGCUGGAAAUUAUUGAAGCUGCAAUAGUAGCGGAUGAGUAUAACAAAAUGGAUGUGUCUAAAUGCUCAUUGUACAACGGGCCACAUGUAUUCCUUUUUACUUUACUAUGUAUCCCGUUUGUUGCCACUUUAUCUGCAUUUUACUCUUUCUACAUGGGCACCAUGGCCUGGUACAACAUUUUUACGCACGUCACAGAAGAUCUCAACUGCAUCAAAAAAACUCUUUUGGCACCGAUUGUGAUACUAUCAUAUCCAUUUUUGAUUGUCAUUUUCACAUUAGGACUAGGGCUGUAUUCAGGAAUAGUCCAGCUCACGUUCAGCGGAACCAACUGGUGGAAGGAUGUUUGUGAUUUUGAAAAAGGCUUUUACGGUUGGCUCUGCAACUCAUUAGGAAUGUCCGAGUGCAGUCCAUACGAAGUUGUAGUUCUAAUGGAUGUGAAACCUUAAUUUUUAUGACUUUUUUGAUGCCACUUUUAGAAAUUUACUGCAAAAAGUUUAGAGUUGAAAUAUACAGAUCAACUAAAAUAGGUAAACUAUUAGGAUUAAGAAUACAAUUUGUACCCAGCAAUGUGUGUUUUAAGGGUUUUUAUCUAGUCAGAUAAUAUUUUACUUUUGUGU